AUGGAAGCUUUAGAACAACUAGAAGAACUAGAACCAAAUUGCAAGUGGAUUGUAAUGGCCAAAUGCUGGUUAUCUGGCAGUUUGGCACUGAAUGACAAGGACUAUGUAGACAGACGUGUGGAAUUCUACAAAAGGUUGCUUGAAUUGGAUCCGACGAGGAAAGGACAGUAUUUGGAUUACUUGAAAAUAGCUGAGGAUAAAAUCAAACAGAGAGAAUGCGAUAGAAAAUUCUAAAUAUUUAGGGUUUGGUAAAUACAAAUCAUGUACCAUAUUUUUUAAUUCUUAUAUUUUAUUAAUUGAUAGAAUCCUAUAUUACAAUGUAACGUAAGAAAUUAUACCAAGAUCACUUUCGUCUGUACCAAAGUUUUGUAAAAUGUAAAUCAUCACUAUUAAGCCAGCACUCGAUAGAGCCAGAAAUAUAAUCAUGAAUUCGA